UGCGCUGGAUAAGAUGGCUGCCGAAAGUUUUGCUUCCCGCCUCAGAGGCUCUGGGCGCUUUUUGAGUGUCUUCGUGGCGGGAGGUGUGGUGGGCGCCGCGGGAGGCGGGUUCACGGUCAUGCAGUUGUUCCGGAGUCAGGGCGCUGAGGCAGCGUUGGCAGCGAGGGAGCCCGACGGUUCUGCAGAAAAGGCUCUCUUGGAACAAUAUGGAGUCCCUUUAACUGGAACAGAGACUAGGCAUUACACUAAUCAUGCCUUGUCUUAUGACCAGUCAAAGCGGGUGCCUCGAUGGGUUCUUGAACAUAUAUCCAAAAGCAAGAUAAUGGGUGAUGCUGACAGAAAACAUUGUAAAUUCAAGGCUGAUCCCAACAUUCCUCCAACCUUCAGUGCUUUCAACGAAGACUAUGUUGGGAGUGGGUGGUCACGAGGACACAUGGCUCCAGCAGGAAAUAACAAAUUUUCAUCUAAAGCCAUGGCUGAAACCUUUUACCUUUCUAAUAUUGUGCCUCAGAAUUUUGAUAAUAAUGCUGGAUAUUGGAACAGAAUGGAAAUGUACUGUCGAGAACUGACAGAAAGGUUUGAAGAUGUUUGGAUAGUAUCUGGACCGUUGACCUUACCUCAGACUGGAAGUGAUGGAAAGAAAACAGUUAGUUACCAGGUGAUUGGUGAGGAUAAUGUGGCUGUUCCCUCGCACCUUUAUAAGGUGAUCCUGGCUCGCAGAAGCCCAAUGUCUACUGAACCGCUGGCACUAGGGGCCUUCGUGGUUCCCAAUGAAGCCAUUGGCUUCCAACCCCAGUUAAGUGAAUUCCAAGUGAGUCUUCAGGACCUGGAGAAGUUAUCAGGACUGGUGUUUUUCCCUCGUUUGGAUAGAACUAGUGGUAUCAGGAAUAUCUGCUCUGUGGACACCUGUAAGCUCCUGGAUUUCCAGGCGUUCACUCUGUACCUGAGCACAAGAAAAGUUGAGGGAGCCCGAUCAGUCUUCAGACUGGAAAAGGUCAUGGAAAAUUUGAAGAAUGCAGGGAUUGAACCAGAUGAUUACUUCAUGAAUUGCUAUAAGAAGAAACUAGAAGAACUCAAAGCUAAGGAGCAGUCAGGAAUCCUGGAGGGAAAGCAAUCUUAGUCUUUUUCUCCGAAGAUGUGUCCUCUUCAGGCUCAUGUGUUUUAGUGGCUUUACUUUGUAGAAAUGAUGAAAUCCUAAACUUCAGACUAAAUUUCUCCCCAAAAGAUGAAAGAUCUAAAAAAUUCUGUCAGUUUUUUAUUUAACACAGGAACUAAUUAUUAAGGAAACUGUAAGAUCUACAGAUUGGAUGCCGAUCUUGUGUCAGGUUCACAGAGGACUCUGACCACAGGACAAUGCUGUUUUUGUCUCUCUUUGGAUGUUCGCACCUGAAGGCAUUUUGUUUUCGUGCCACUGAAUCAUGCAUUAUCUUUGAUGUAUCUCCUCAGCUUUCUUGGAGCCCAGUGUUAUAUGUUUUCUUUCUCUAGGACCUGAGUUGGUCUUGGAGAUGGCUUUUAGAUAUCCUCUGUGGCUGUCCUAUCCACAUGUAUUACUGUGUUAUGUAUUCAUUUCUUGCUCGUCUGACAGACCUGCUGGUCCUCCAUUUCUGCCCUGUAGAAGCCCUCAGUGACAUUUUCUGCUCACCUAGUGUGUUCUGUAUAUUAAGCUCAGUGCUUUACAUGGAUUAUCUUAUAGCAACUCUCUGAGGUAAAUACCACUGUCCUCAUUUUACACAUAAGGAAAUUAAGCUUAAGUAUUUUGUCCAAGGUUCACCUUUCCAAAGAAGUAACCCACAGAGGUAGGCAUGUGGGGCCAAGAAGAAAGACAGCAUGACAGACUGAAGUAAUCCAGACACAGAGGUUUUGACUUAGAAAUGUAUACACAUGGGUUUGGUGAUUUUGGGCCCACUUGCUAAGAGGGGUUUGGUUUCUUGUCUGCCAUUGAGCCAAAAUGUCUUGAAUGUUCUCUGACUUGAACACUCUGUACGUAGCUCUUUGGGAAGAAACAAAGCCUGGGAUUCUGUUUUCCGUCCAGUGUUGCUCAGGGAGUAUCUUGGCCAAGGGGAAGGCUGCAGCCAUCUUCAUGGGCUCUGCUGCCAGAAGCCCAACUGCAGGUGAGGGUUAUUCCCCGAUCUCCCUGCCCCCCGUCACAUCUUUAUUUGAGAUUCCAGGCUCUUUGGUCUCUGGAUUGAGAACAUUUGACCAGUGUCAUAUGCGGCUAAAGUAGGACAGGUGUCCCAGCCUGUUACUGCAGGCCAGCAUUGCUAUCUUGCACUGUGACCUUCAAACAACUGACAAACAGCUGAAAAACUCUGCCCCUCUGUCAGGCCUUAGAAACACCCGGAGGGGAGGCAUAGUGUGAUCUUGAAGGAACACCCCUGCGGGGCUAGGCUCAGCCUAGAGCAGCCCCCACUCUCUUAAUGACCCUGCCUCAUUCCUGUGAACAUGUCGCUGUCGCUCACAUCAGCAGCACAUCCCUGAAGCUAUCCCUGCUCAGUCCUUCAUGGCUGCACCUGUGUGCCCUUAUGUCUUCUGGGCACACUCCAUCAUCCUGCUUGGUCUUUCCGUUCAUUCUGCUGGAACUGGUCAGGGGGGCCUCACAUCUGCUGUGGCACUCCUGCUCAUUCCUGCCACUGCUCCCCACCUCAUUCCCGCCUGCCUUCCUGGAUGUCAUUCACGGAGGUUAUCCGUCAGGGGGUCCGGUGCUACCUUUUCCAGUCCAGCCUCUCCUCCAGGAACUGACUUGUCGGUCAUUAGUGCAGGUCAGGUGCAUGAACCGAUCUUUAAUGUGGACCCUGUGUAAUCUGGGGUGUGCAGUGGGGAUGUGUGGAUGGACUUCUCUUAGUGUUCCUGGACAUGGCAUUAUAACCUAGGGGCUGGUGUGCUCCUGUGUGCAGAGUACCUCUAGGGGUCACUGUGGCCUAGUGCCACAUGGAGGACUCAAGAGUCAGCUGUGACACUGUCCAACAGAGAACCUCUAGCUGUGUAAGCCACAGAGGGUGCAGUCAGUUUUGGACCUCAGAUUCCAGGCUCUCAGGCCAGUUGGAACAGUAGAGGCUGUGUUGUCCAGUGAGCCUCAUGUUUGGCUCGUCAGAGGGGCCUAGCUAGCUUAAUUUUUCCCAACUUUAUUUUGAAAAAUGUCUUUCCAGGCAAGUUGAAGGUAGAGUUAAGAAUGUCCUCUCCCCUCAAUAUUUUGUCCCAUUUCAUUUCUGUUCUUGAGCCAUUUAAAAGUAAUUCAUUGAUUUUUUUAAAGAAGUAGUAGACACACUUUAUUCUUUAAUACUUUGAUCUGUAUCAUCUAAGAAUAAAGACAUUCCCCUGUAUUGUCAGAAUACUGUUAUCUAAGAAAUUUGUCAAGAAUUCAGUAUCAUUUAAUGAACAAAGUCUUACAAGUUUGCCUAGAUUUCCCCCCAAAAUCUUAAACUUUUUUUUUUAAUAUCCAGGCCUCAGCCAUGGUUUGUGUCUUGUAUCUCGUCAUGUCUAGUCUCUGCUAAUCUAGAGCAGUUUGCCUAGUAAGCUUAAAAAAUAUAGAGAUUCUUCAACCCCACCCUUGAAGAUUUUGACUCAGUAGGUCAGAAGUGAAGCUGAAACCUGUAUUUAUUUUUUUUUUUUAAAUUUAUUUGACAGACAGAGAUCACAAGUAGGCAGAGAGGCAGGCAGAGAGGAGGAAGCAGGCUCCCCACUGAGCAGAGAGCCCGAUGCGGGGCUUGAUCCCAGGACCCUGGGAACAUGACCUGAGCUGAAGGCAGAGGCUUUAACCCACUGAGCCACCUAGGUGCCCCUGAAACCUGUAUUUUUUAACACAAGCCACACUGCUGAUUCUGAUGACUCUCCAGGGUUUGGAACUGGACCAAGCCCCAGUUUGCUGCCACUCCACCGACACACACAUUCCCUAGACAGGAUUCCUCUCAGAAGGUGGGCUUUGAGCUCCUGACUAUCAAAGGAGAACUUUCUUCCAUUGCUUUGGGUGCCCAGGUACCCACUUUCCUUUAUUAUUGAGCUUCAUAACAUUAAGCUGAAACUUUCCCUGCAACUUACUCAUCAGUGACAGGCCCUAAAUGGCCAUCCCAGGUACACAGAGGUGGCUGGCAUCUGCUUUCACCUGAUAGUCCUUUAGAGAUAGGAACCUCAUAAAGACAUCUGGGCAUCAUGCUUAAUGCCCGGGGCAUUCGUGGAUUUCUGACCUGCCACCAUCACGGUGUUAUGUGGCCUUUAUGGUGUGGCAGCCACAUCUGGGAGAAGCAUCAGACACAGUGAUGGCAGUGCUGAAUUGAGUGCUCCCUUAGUAGGGACGCUCCACUAUUCUCACAGUCCUGUUGGUCCAUGUGGAACUUGGUCUAGCUGACAGCUCCAGGUCAUUUUCCCAUGGUCUGUUGUUAAGUCACUUCCCCAUCAUGCACUCACACAGUCAAUAUUUGGAACACAAAUAUGGGGUUAUGUGUAUGCCCUACUGUUAAGAUUUCAUUUCAUUAUAAUUUCUCCCCAUCUUAUGUGAGUUUGCAUUCUUGAUGAUCCUGAUUUGGCCAUCUGACAUAUUAGCUCUGCCUCCCAGCUUUGAGAUUGCAGAUCAGAUAAACAAGCCUUCAACGUGUCUGUUAAAAACAUUGAAUGAGACAGAGCCACGGAAGAUCCCAUUGGUAAAAAAAUUCAUUUUAUAUGGCAACCUGCUUCACACACUCACCCAACAAGAUUCAUGUGACAAUAAUGUGCUCUGAUAUUUUCUAAGUUCAAUUCUUUUCUAGUUCUUUUUAAAAAGGGAAACACUGAAUUGAUUGCACAGUGCAAAAAUAAGUCUCUGUCACAAUUUGCUUGUGAGUCACCCCAGGACAGUAAGAGUGCUUACUGUAUCUCUGGGUGUGCACAGCAUGGCUGGACCAGCACUUUGGAUACCUCCCUAUGUACAGAGGUGCACUUGGAUCCCCAUCCCAGCUUCCCACCUACCGCAGCCUCCUGCAACGGACCUCACUUGUCCUGAAUCAGGUUCCUCAUAUGGGAACAGGUUGAAGAUGCCUGGCAGGAUCGUUUGAGAAUUGAAUAAGCUAAGUCCUCGAUAAGUGUAGCCUGUUACCAGUGACUACCAGAGACAAUGUAUGGCCCCAAAACUCAUACCUUGAAAUCUAACCCCCUCCUAAAGGUAUGAGGAAGUAGAGCCUUUGGCAGGGGAAUAGCUCCACCCUCAUGAAUUAGAUUAGUGCCCUUAUAAAAGAUCUCAGAGACCCCAGACUCCUUUGCCCCUCUGUCAUUUGAGGAUACUGCACAAUGAUUGGCCCAACCAGAAGAUGGGCUCUCAUCAGACACUGAACCUGCUGGCACCUUGAUCUUGGACUCCCCAGCCUCCAGAACUGUGAGAAAUAAAUUUCUUUUGUUUAUAAGUCA